AUGUCCUUCACCACCCCUUCCACUCGCUGGGCCGCUCUCACGACCCGCGACCCCGCCGCUUACUCCGCGUUCAUCUACGCCGUCAAGAGCACGAACUGCUAUUGCCGUCCUACAUGCCCCGCGCGACUUGCUCGCCGCGCAAAUGUAGUGUUCUAUUCUUCAGCGGCUGAGGCAGCGAAGGACGGCUUUAGGGCAUGCAAGCGGUGUAAACCGGAUGCUGGCGACGAGAAAGACGCUGCGGACAUUGCGUUCGAAAAGGCCUGUUCGAUCAUCGUAGAUGCUGUCGCUGAAGGUAAAGCAAGCGAACUGGGGUUGAAAGAGCUAGCCAAGGCCGUAGGACUGACGCCGAGAUACUUCCAUAAAGUCUUCAAGGACCGAAUGGGUGUUACGCCGGCGCAGUACGUGAAACUAAAGGGAGAGGAGAUGUCUACGAUAGGAGGAUUGAGUGCACCACAAGAGGAGGGGAAGGAAGACCCACAGAGGGGACCGAGUGGAGGAGAGCAAGAGCUUGGAUUCGAUUUUGAUUUCGGAGACUUGGUUAACGAAGAGAUGAUGGGUGGUGGGGAGGGCAGUGUGAGUCCUGAGGGACAUACGCCGCCGUUGCCAGAUGGACAACCGGAUGGCAUCCUACCCGAUGCGCUUGCCGAUGCAGAUAGGGAGAAACAGAUGCCAUUCUACUCAGCUCUUUUCACGUUUGAUGAGAUGGGCUUGGAUUUGCUCGAUCUGGGGACUUUCGGGGGUGUGGAUGAAAUCGAACAUGCUUGGUUGAAUAUGGAGGACGACAAGACUCUGAAUUCUUUGGCUCCGUACGACUUCAACUCUGGAAACUAUAUGGAUUCGAAUCCUUUCAUCAUUCCUUGA